AUGACACGUGGUAAAAGAGGAGGCUAUGUUUAUCAGAGAGGUCGUCAUUCAGCACAAAGAACACCGCAUCUGUCUUAUAUCUUCGAUUUUCUCAGUAGCCCCGAAUCAUUUCCGGCAAUUAAAGAACCAAGCGACGAUAAAUCAUUGUUAGAGGACAUCAUGGAACGAAAUCAGUAUUUGACUCUAGAACAAUCAGAAAAUUUUUUGUUAAUGAAUUUUACAAAUAAAGUUCAAUUAAUACUUGAUCAAUUAGUGCUUCAAUCAGGUUCAUUUACGGGAUGUCAAUUAGAAGAAGUACGACAAAUUGGAUCGUUCAAACAUGGCACAUUAAUUAGGAAACCGAAUAAUGUAACGACAGGUUUAUUAGCGGAUAUUGCCGUUAUCUUCAAAACAUUACCAACAAAAGAAGCUAUUUCACAACUUUCUCUCAAAUUACUAGAAGACCUUCGUCCACUUUGUACAGAAGAAGAAUCGAGAACAUUGACAUACGAGCUGACAGAUUAUGGUUUUAGCAUAAUCAAUAACCUGAUGCAUGUAAAUUUGUUUGUUACAACGUUACCAAAAAAUUUUAAUAGUUUAGACCCUAAUUUACAUUUGGAUCGUAGAAUUUGUUUAAGAAAUUCGAAUGCUAUUAGACAUGCAAAAUGGAUCGAUGAUAAUUGUGUACAUCCAUCUAUAAAAGUAUUAAUUCGUUUAUUGAAAGAUAUGCGAAAUCGGUUUUCUGGUUUUAAUCAAUUAAAUUCAUGGAUGAUCAAUCUACUGGCUCAUCAUAGUGUCAUGAAUUGGGGUAAAGAUGAUCCACUACCACUGAGUUUUGCAUUCAAACGCAUUCUUCAACUAUUAGCAAGUGGAAUAUUUUUACCUGGAUGUAUGGGUCUUCAGGAUCCGUGUGAAGAUACAAUGUUUCCUGUUCAUUUACAGCUAAGUCUAAAAGGUUUAGAUAACAUAUGUUCAACAGCUCAAACCCUAUUAAGAGCAUUGGCAUUUGGCGCUCAAAAAUAUAUACUUGGAAUUGAAACUGUGCCAGGUAAAUUGGAAGUCAGUUUCUGAUAGUUUCGGAAAAGUCAACCCGUGACCAUCUCACAUUUGAUAUUUGAAUAAGCCAUUCGGUUGAGCAUUAAGUUGACAUUGAAACCUGAUAAUAUAGACUAUAGCCGACUUUUUCUGAAAAAGUUAUAGAAAUAAUCAAAUUUCAGCUAAAAACACCCAGAAUAUAUUGGCUUUUUCGAAAAAAAUUUGUUUCUCAACAACCCUUUGGCUUUUAAAAGAGCUGUUGAUACGGAUAGAUAGAGGGGACUAUGAACUACACGACUAUCAAUAUUAGAUAUCUCUGGAUCGAAUUAUGUAUCACAUAAAAAAGUUUAUCUAUCGAUUCAAAUCUGUCCUGGAUUUUAACUCGAACAAUUACCUAAAGGGGGUCAGGACAGAUUUGAAUCGAUAGAUAAACUUUUUUAUGUGAUACAUAAUUCGAUCCAGUUUUUAUGCUGAUCACGAAUCCGCUAUUUAUUUUGAAUAAAAAUGCUUAUUAGUUGAGAUAAUGGGCUGAUCAGGAUUAGAAAAUCAUCAAAAGAUGAGUAAAAGUCCAUUUUUUUAGGUUGUUCAAAAGUCUGCAGUUUUUAAGAUAAUUCCAGAUAGAUCAGAUUCUGCUUUCUCUCUAAUCAAAGAAAAGUGUACAUCUUUAGUUUGGGUCAAGAUGUUUUUGAACCAGAGAAAGGAGGUAUCUAAUAUUGAUAGUCGUGUAGUUCAU